AUGAGCCUCCCGUUUGGUGCAAUUGCCCUUCGGCCCAAGCCAGUUUCCCCUCAUUUUGACAUAAACUUGGUGGACACUUUUACUGCCCCUCCUGCCACAGCCGACAAUGCCACACCUAACGAGCCGGCCAAGCCCCAGGUGUCUACCGGUAAGGUUCUUCAUAAAACCGUGAAGCAAAAGAGCGGCAAUAGCACGGUUCAGCGUAGGCACCGCCGCAAAAAUGGCGACAAGAACCGCUACAGCCCCCUCGACAAAACCAAGUCCUCGCGUCCUCAUCCUACCAAGGUUCCCAGAUGGGAUUUCGUCAUGAAGGCUAUGCCCAAAAAUGGCAUGCGCUUCCCGGACAGAGCCUUUGUCUGUCAUCGAAUCAUCCGCGACAUGGCGCUCUGGGCCUCUGUAAACAACCCCUUCGGCUUCGGCAGUGCCAACAUCAAGGCGAUGAGAGCGGCAGCUACCGCGAUGGUCAACAGCGCCGUCGUUGCUGCUAGGCAGACCAAGCCUCCCGCGGAUUACUUCGAAGCCGUCAACAAGGGCAAUUCCUCCACCGCCAACUUCGAGGCCUUUAUUCGCUUUCUCGACACGCUUCGCGGAAUCGUCCCUUUUGCGAAAGAAGUCUCGCCGCCCGUGUUUGCCGAGUUUUUCAGCGAAGUCAUCAAGGCCCGGUCUUUCUACUUCGAGCACUACAAGCAGAGUAAAUUGCAUGUGCCGUCCAUCGAAGAGCACUGCCAGAUGGCACUGGCCGUUGAUAAGUUCCUCAAUAUGGCUUGGUUCUGGGACGACACGCAUAGUGUACUUGCCGCGGAAGGAGAGCAGCUGUGCAACGAGGACAAUGUGGAGGAGAAAGAAGAGAAGUUGGGUCAUGUGCAGCAUGAGAAGCCAGUGGCCGACGAUGAUGCCUCGGGAUCUCUUGCCACCAGUCUUGAUGGAGUCGAUGUUUGGGUUCCUUCUGGCGACGACAAGUAUGAGGAUGACGUCGAGCCGAUUACAGACGACGAAGAGUAUGUAGUUAUGGGAGGCGUCUAA